AUGGAUAACUGCAUCGAUGCAUUUAUGUGGCGGUGAGUGAAUGGAAUCCAUUCUAUCAAUCAGACUAUUCACUCGAAGACACUCGGCGUCACCUUGCCUGCACCUUUGUGAUUACCGUGCCUGACAGGAUGUCGCGGCCAUCACGGCAAUCACGAAGGCGCAGGCAAGGUCACGACGAGUGUCCUUCUCCCUCCCUCUUGGAACAGACACCAACAACAUAUGUACACGCACGGCCAGGCACGACCAGUCGCAGCCAGGCUGCUCCAUCAAAAAGAUGACUCACACCAAACAGACAGACAGCAAAAACCGUACCCACCACACCACACCACCGCCACCGCCGUACACAGUCCCACAGCCCACCAGCACACAUCUCAUUUCAACCAUUCCCCCCAUUCACUCCUCCACCAUCGCUAUCAUCCAUCCACCAGAGCCAUCACUCGUUCACUCUUCCGCCACCGUGAGCACCAGCGACCAUAUGACCGAGCACGCGAUCGAGAAGCAGAGGACCAUGGUGUUCCACCGGGCGCGAGGGCUGCCCCGCGCGGCAUCUCGGUUCAGCAGCCAGGUCACAAACGACAUGACCAACCCGAUCAAGGGAGCGAACACACUCAUCACCAUGCAACACUGAACACACACGCACACACACACACACACAGAGAGAGAGAGAGAGGGUGAGAGGAAAUGGUUCUCGUGACUCAGCCACCCCGUGUCCGUGCUCGUGUUGUCACUCACGACGAAGAGGGUGCACUUCCACGGCGGGAAGUCAUCUGCAGCGAGGAUGAUGGGCCCGCCGGGCAGUAGCACCUCCCUCCCCCCCUCGGCAGCAGCCUGUGGCGCCACGAACCGACCCACAGACGACGCCAGCUGGUUGCCCACCCACAUCGAUCCCUGUACGGGCUGGAACACCGGUUGACCAUUGGGUGAAUGACCUGAGAGGGGACGAAACGAACGGAGGCACAAUGGGGCAGUCAGUAAGUUGGUUCUCUCCUUCUCUCUCCCUCGCUUCUUUGUGCAUGCCAUGGAUCCCCCCUGACCUGUGCAAACCCACUGCGAGCCAAGCUCCACAGGCUGCGUCGAGUCUGUGGCCGCCGGGUGUGGCAGCUGCUGACUCAUCGGCACGGGCACGCCCACCACCACAGCGUCACUUGGAGCGCCAGACUCAGCAGCUGCCGCAUGGCUGUCGUUGGCUCCCUGCUGAGGAGCCUCGGCGUCGAUGGAGUCCUCAGCAGCCGGUUCGCUGGCGUCCUCUGGCGGAGGAGCGCUGGGGGAGGGGGUCGGGAGGGAUUCUUUCAGCUCAUGAUACGUUGACAUACUGUAUGUAGCAGCGGUGGCUACGCGCAAGGUACUCGCUCGUGAUCACCUGGACGGCGCCAUUGACACAGAGGGUUGGCUUUCCUGAUCCGGUGUUCUUCGGCGAGCAGCUUAGCUCAG